AUGGACGAGAUCGUGACCUAUUGCAAAAAAUCUGGACGUCAAUGGCAGGCGAGUGCGCUAGACCUGUUUAGGCUUCUGCGGAACUUCAAGAAGCUUAACCUUCGAGUACUUCGCCAACCUCCUCCGUCAAGCUACCAACAGCAAUUGAAUCAUUUCACCAUGGCAUCAACAAAAGCUCUCCGCCGCGUGGCUCUCAAUGUGUCGCGCUCAUCAAGAAGCUUCCACGCUUCGGCUCGCUCCUUCAUCCAAGUUGGCGACAAGCUUCCCAAUCUCGAUGUUUUGGUUGAGAACUCCCCAGGAAACAAAGUCAACUUGAGUGAGGCAAUCAAGGGCAAGGCUUUGAUCAUUGGCGUUCCAGCUGCAUUCAGUCCCGCAUGCUCAAACUCCCAUGUUCCAGGCUACAUCAAUCACAAGAACCUGAAGAGCGCUGGUGACGUGUUCGUAGUUGCUGUCAAUGAUCCAUUUGUCACGAAGGCUUGGGCCGACUCUCUUGAUCCUACUGGUAGCUCAGGUAUUCGUUUCCUAGGCGACCCAACUGCCAAGUUCACCCAGGCAUUGGACUUGGCCUUCGAUGGUGCUGCCAUCUUCGGCGGUCCCCGAAGCAAGCGUUAUGCUCUCGAGGUUGAGGACGGAAAGGUCAAGGCAUUGCACAUCGAGCCAGAUAACACCGGACUGAACGUUUCUGCUGCUGAGAAGGUUCUGGGUUGA